GUGACGCCUGCUACGGAAGAGCAGUGUCUGCUAGCAGUGAAAUUUAUCCUCUAAAUAUUCAGCGUGAUAUAUUUAGGAACGGGGCGUCCAAUAUGUUGUGUAAUCACAACGAUUACUAUUAGUAGGAUUAUAAUUAUUUUCGGCAAAUGACUGUAGAUCACUGUCUAAUCAAGAAAAUAAUUUUUACGUUAGUUGGCUAGGUAGCUAGAAGCUAGUUUUCAGUCUAAACAGCUGAAUAGAAUAGGCAGGUCCUUUGUUUCGGAAUGAUCCAUAUUGAUAAUCCGAGACAGUGAACUUGAGUGACUAAUUUACCCAAAAUGAAUAAGUGAGUUCAAGUGUUAAACCAGUGAUCUAACUUUGUGUGUUUCAUUUGUCACGGAAAUAGUUGUAAUCAGACCGUGAUAGGGGAAUUUACGAUCGCUAAGAUUUGCUAGCUAGCUGGACGAGGGAUAGGGCUUGGAGUGGUCAUGGGCAAUUGUCUGAAAUCCCCUACAUCAGACGAUAUUUCGUUGUUACAUGAAUCGCAGUCUGAUAGAGCUAGUUAUGGUGAUGGAACAGACCCGGAUUUAGAGCCACCUCCACCUUAUGAGGAGCAGGCCCACAUGCCUGUGUACCACCCCACACCCAGUCAAACAUGCCUAGCCACUCAGCUCACUGAAGAGGAGCAGAUUCGAAUUGCUCAGCGCAUAGGCCUCAUCCAACAUCUGCCCCGGGGGGUCUAUGAUGGGGGUCAGGAUGGCUCAGAGAAGAAAAUCAGAGAGUGUGUGAUCUGCAUGAUGGACUUUGUAUAUGGAGAUCCGAUCCGAUUCUUGCCAUGCAUGCACAUCUAUCACAUGGACUGCAUAGAUGAUUGGCUGAUGCGCUCGUUCACCUGCCCUUCAUGCAUGGAGCCAGUGGACGCCGCUCUCCUUUCCACGUAUGAGACCAACUGACCUUGGAGUGGACGUCUCUCCCUACUUCUUCUUCUUGCUCUUUCACCCUCCUUCAAAGCCCUUAGUCUCAAUUUGACCCAGACUUCAAACCCUAUUGGCCAGUGUGUGGUGGGGACACAUCAAUGAAGAUAGGGGGUGUUAGGGGGGCAGUAAAAAGACCCCAUUUCACACAGCAGCCUGUGUUGCUGCAUUGGAAAUGGCCCGGUAUGCUUUGGGGUUGUAAACUGUGGUUAGGUUUUGGUCAAUGGUUUCCCUGCGUACAUGCUGUGUGUGUGGCCAGCUGGCGUGCAGUCUUGUGGUUUGCAUUUACAUUGAGGAUCAUUUGUCUUUAGUUCUUAGCAUUAUAUACUUUUUUUUGUUUUGUUUUGUUUUGCUAUGUUUAAAAAAAAAUGUAUUUGUCAGUCUAAAUUCAGUUUUCAAAGCCAAGGUCUAGAUCAACGACUUGAGGCGGAACCUUUUCUUUUCUUUUUUUUUCCUCCGAUCUGAGCCUAGGACCAAAAGGAAUUUUGAAUUCUAGGUUGAAAACCAAAUUUUAGUCCAAGAGCAGGUUUCAUGUCUUGUAAGCCCAAUCCAUAUUUCUUUCUUCCAGAAAGACGUUGACUGUCUCCUUUCCUCUGGGCUAGCAGUGCAGAGAAAGGCAGUCAACUGAGUUGUGCCUGCCGUACUUUUGAAGCAAACAUGCAAUGUUCUAAUAAGACGAAAAGAAAACUUCAUUUCUAUUUGAGUUGCCCAGUUUCUCAGGCAUCAUGUCUCCAUGUCUUAACUCUUCUAGUCUUCAGAACUGUGUAGUACUGUGUCCACAACUGGAGGAGUCGAGUCACUCUCAUUCAGCCAAUGUAAAGGGCUCAUUUGCGCAUGGGGAUCAGGAACAAGUAGCCACCGGUUUGCAAGUACAGUAGGAUUGCUUGCACAUACAAAACAUAUAUAUAUGUUUAUAUAUAUAUAUAUAUAUAUAUAUAUAAACAUAUAUGUAUAAAAAACCUAGAAAAUUGCACUUUACAUAGGUUAGUAAUGGGAAUCAUAUAUUUAUGUACAGUAUAACCUUAACCUUGCACUAAUCUUAUUUUUGUCACAUAGGUCACUGUAAAUAAUUCUAUUAAUGCUAUUGUUGAUCAGUAUUUAUGUGACAUACUAUUGGUGUACAUUUCAGAUGCUGAAGUGUUACAGUAAACAAUCUAUUUGGGUCACAUCAUCAUACACUACACUACUGAAGGCCUUUCAUUGAAGUGUCAGUUUAUUUAAUGUCAGUUCCUGUUGUUUAUUUGUUUGUUUUGCAUUAUAUCCAAAUGUGUUGGUCAUCCUAUAUAGCAUAGCAGUGUACAGUCCCUUUCUUUUGUGUACAGUAGCUCUACAUUUGAAAAAGUAAACCAAUGGCACCUUUGCUGUCAGUCUCUAGAAUAUUAUUACCCCAUGAUAUGAACAUUAUGAACAUUUUUAACAUUAUAGGUGAAAUAUACAGUGUAUGAAAACUUCCAAUUGAUUGUGUGACAACAACAACAACAACAACAACAGCAAAAACUAAAUAUUUCUGCAUUCAGGACGUUGAAGUGAACAUUUUGGAUUAUUGUAUAAAAUUGCUCGCAGGUCGAGCUGAAGAGGUGACAUGGCUGUAAUGUUAUAGUGUUGUUUAUUAUGUUUGGCUUAACUGGCAACAUAAGCAGCCACAGAUCAAAAACCGAAAAGUUGAAGAUAACAUAUUUUUUGUAUUAUUACUAUUAUUAUUAUUAUUAUUAUAAAUAGGAGAUGUAAGAUCCCGCUCACAAUCAGCUCUGCUAUGUCAAUUUUAAUAAUCUACUGACAAGUGAUUCUGUCUACAUUAUUGUGGUUGACAGCUUGUGUUAGCCAGACUAAUACAUUUGUAGGGGCCUUUGUAGCUUUAUCGGUUGACCAAUUUAUUUUAUUUAUAUUUAAUGUCUCCUUAGUCAAUAUAUUUGUUUCCUUUUAUUUUCCAGAAAAGUAGUAUAGCAGGGCUUUUUUUUUUUUUUUGUCUUUACAGUUAGCCAAGCUUUGACCAUUGACACUUCAACUCUGCCCAUUCAGUAACCAUGUAAUAAAGAUCACAUUAAAGAUGAUAUGAACAUGC